UUUAAUAAACAAACCACCGCGACGACUUUGUCGUUUAGAUUACAAUACAUUUUCCGUGCGUUUGUUGUUAUCGUGGUACUUCAAGAUCGUAAUCCAUCACAAUAGUCAGUGCAUUUUACUAGCGUAGCUAGUUGAGGCUAGUUGUAUGCCCUGUGAAAGUCAUUGGUUCGUGUUUGAAGGUAUGGUUUUGUUGUUAUUAUUGGUAGUAACGUGAGGGCUACGGUUUCCUAACUGGCAUCGAUACGUAACCAAUCGAUUCACUUCGUUUUCCUGUGGCCGUGCGACAUUGCACCUAGCACGAUUUCCUUAAGGCACAGAGGCAAGGACAUGAUGUUGUGAAGUUGUACCAUAAGCCAAGAUGGCUGCCGGCCGAAUUCCACUGGUGUUGCUAGCCUGCGGCUCCUUCAACCCCAUCACCAACCAGCAUAUGAGGCUGUUUGAGCUGGCCAGAGACCACAUGCACAGCACAGGUAACUACCAGGUUGUUAAAGGCAUUGUAUCCCCAGUGAGUGAUGGCUAUGGCAAACAGGGCCUUGUGUCGGCCGAGCACAGGAAUGCCAUGGCGAAGCUGGCCCUGCAGACCUCUGAUUGGAUAACGAUUGACGAAUGGGAGAGCGACCAGCCAGACUGGACAGAGACAGUCAUCACUAUGAGGCAUCACCAUGGGUGCAUACUGAAACAGUACCAGCAAAGCACAGGUCCAUCGCCCCAGCUGAAGCUGCUGUGCGGGGCGGACUUCCUGGAAGGCUUCCGCGUGCCGGGCAUGUGGCGGCCUGAGGACCUGGAGGAGCUGGCCGGCGCGUACGGCCUCGUGUGCGUGAGCCGCGGCGGGCUGCAGCCGGAGCGCACCGCUCACGAGUCGGACGCGCUGUGGCGCCACCGCCGCAACGUGUUCCUGGUGCGCGAGUGGGUGCACAACGAGGCCAGCGCCACGGAUGUGCGGCGCGCCCUGCGUCGGGGCCUCAGCGCCAAGUACCUGCUGCCCGACGACGUCAUCGACUACAUCGGCCGCCACGCCCUCUACACCGACGCCAGCGAGAGCAAGAACCAGGGCACGCCGCUCAGACCCCUGGCCAAGCAAUACCAGCCGGGGGGGACGGGGGGGAGCCUGGUCAAUGUGGCCAUCAGGAAGAUCGCCACCCUGCUGAAGCCCGACAAGGACAUCACGCAGGACGGGGACCACAUCACCAUCAAGACGCUCAGCACCUUCAAGAACUACAACAUGGACUUCACCGUGGGGCAGGAGUUCGAGGAGGACCUCUCAGGGGUGGACGACAGGAAGUGCAUGACCACUGUCUCCUGGGAUGGGGACCGGCUGGUGUGUGUGCAGAAGGGAGAGAUCGAAGGCAGGGGCUGGACCCACUGGGUGACCGGUGAUGAGCUCCAUCUGUGUGCUCUUCUAUAUCGGCCCAGCUUGCCUUCAGCCUCCACCAUGCCUGCGGACUUCAAUGGAAAAUGGAUACUGGAAACCAAUGAAAAGUUUGAGGAAUACCUGAAAGCCUUAAAUAUUGAUUUUGCCACAAGGAAAAUCGCCAUGUCGUUGUCGCAGACCAAAGUGGUCACCCAGCGUGGAGACUCUUUUGAGUUCCAAACCCUGAGCACCUUCCGCAACUACGAGCACUCCUUCACAAUAGGGGUUGAGUUUGACGAGUUCACCAAGGGACUGGACAACAGGCACGUCAAGAGUCUGGUGAACUGGGAAGGGGACAAGCUGGUCUGCACCCAGAAGGGAGAGAAGGCGAACCGCGGCUGGAAGCACUGGAUCCAAGGAGACAAGCUUUACCUGGAGUUAACGUGUGAGGAUGUAGUUUCUGUUCAAGUUUUUAAGCGGAAAGAAUAAACACCAACAUUUUCAACUGUUUUCUUUCACUCAUUCAUAUGUUGAAGUGCACCAAAUUCCAAGUUGUUUGCAAAGAUGUAACAAACACACUUCUGUUUAAGAAGUGAUACUAACUACUACUAUUACUAGCAAAGAUUUGAUUAAUGUUAAAUACCUGCACUAAGGGUGAAUUGUAAUGAAUACAUCUAAACAUAAACAGACAGGGAUUCAAACACAAAACGACAGAAUGCUUUGGUCAUUAUUACAUUUUUUAUAAAAAACAUUCGAAACAAAUACAAAAAUUAUUGGAGAUGGUGUCUUCUAGAGGCACAUUGGACCACUUUUAAACAAGAUUUGACAAGCCCUACAGCUUAGAACCAUCAGACCUGUAAAUUGCCCGAAAAGCCCAUUGGGAGAAAUAAUUAAAUUGAAAAAUGUUAGGCUACUUCAGAGUGAGUCCACUUUCUAUAAGGGCCAUGGGUGCAAUGUGUGCUGAAGCAGAAAUCAUACAAAUCACCAGACAUGUAUUUCAAGACUUCUUCUGAAAAAAAGUUGAGGGGUAUAAUAACAAUAAAUGAUUACAUGAUGAUGUAAUAAUUGU